AUGCUUCGCCGGGUCGUCGUCUCAGCAGCGGCCCGCGGCGGCGCCCUCUCGCGUCGGUCGUCUCCGCCGCCGCCGCUGCUCCGCACGCUCUGCGCCGCUCCGGCGAGCGAGGCCGCUCCCGCGCCACACACGGCCCUCGCGCCUUCUGUACAAGCAGCCGGCCCGGCGAGCACGAGCCACGAGGUGCUGGGCCUGCCGCCCGACGCGUCGGAGCUCGAUGUGAAGCUCGCCUACUACCACCUAGCGCUCGCCUACCGCCCCGACCAGAGCGGUCGGCCCGACGCGGCGGAGCGCUUUGCAGAGGUGGGGCGGGCAUACAGCAGCAUCAUGGGCGAGCCGUGGGACGACGCGGCGGGCGUGCCGAGCGCGGCUCCCACCCCUGCCGAGCCGGCGCUGCAGCCGGCUUCGCACGUGCCGGCCUUUCCGCGCUGGGUGCACCGGCUCUCCGAGUACCUCGAGCGGGUGCCGCAGCGGCUCGACCUCUGGCUGAUGCCCUCGUACUCGUCCGUCAUCUACCACCACCUCCGCGCCGGAGAGCUCGCGCAGGCGCUCUGCACCUUCGAGGCGAGCCCUUCCUAG